AUGAUCCAGGUACAGCGAUUCCAUGAGAGGAGGGAGAGGGGGAGAGGGGAGAGGGGGAGAGGGAGAGGAGAGGGGGGGAAAAGGGGAGGGGGCAGACAUGGUCAGGGUGAGAGGGGAAAGAAAGGGAGAGGAAGCGAAGGAGGGAAGAGGGAGGGGGACGUGAGAGGGGAGAGCAGCCUCCAUUGCCCCGCUACUCUGCCAUCACACGCGCUCUCCCUCCUGUUUCUGAUGCGCCUCAAAAUCGCACACGCUCCCUCCCUCAUGUCAUCCAUCCUGUUUCCCUCCCUCAUGUCAUCCAUCCUGUUUCCCUCCCUCAUGUCAUCCAUCCUGUUUCCCUCCCUCAUGUCAUCCAUCCUGUUUCCCUCCCUCAUGUCAUCCAUCCUGUUUCCCUCCCUCAUGUCAUCCAUCCUGUUUCCUUCCCUCAUGUCAUCCAUCCUGUUUCCCUCCCUUCCUCCUCUUUUCCACCCUUCCCGCUGCACCCUUCCUCACACGUGGGAGCGUGCAAAGCUCGCUCAAACGCUCGAUCGAGUGGUGGUCGCGACGGACGACGAGAGAAUUGCUAGCUGCUGCCAGGGAUUCGGUGCUGAGGUCAUUAUGACGUCAGCAGCUUGUGGAAACGGUUCGGAGCGGUGUGCCGAGGCAGUGGAGAGGCUCAAGGGGCAGUGGGACGUGGUGGUCAACAUUCAGGGUGACGAGCCUCUCAUCGACCCGGCCACGAUAGAUGCCGUGGUUAUAGCAUUGCAGGAAGCACCCGAGGCGGUGGCAGCGACAGCAGUGGCAGACAUAAAAGCAUCAGCGGCGCCCGAUCCGAACCGAGUCAAAUGCGUGGUGGACAGCCGCGGCUUUGCACUCUACUUCUCACGAGCGCUCAUUCCCCACAACAGGGACGGUGUGCCUCAUCCUGGCUUCCCAUACAUGCUGCACCUGGGCCUGCAGGCAUACGAUGCGGCCUUCCUAGCACGGUACAAGGCGAGUGAGGCAGGGAGACUGGAGGAGGAGGAGCAGCUGGAGCAGCUGCGGAUACUGGAGCAGGGCUGCAAUGUCAAGGUGGUGAAGGUGGCGCAUUCAGCUCACGGGGUGGACGUGCCUGCUGACGUCAAGAGGAUUGAAGACCUGCUGCUGAGAGGAGGGAGAUGA